UUGGCGGCCGUUACUGGCCGUUACUGGCCGUUGGCAGCCAUGGCGUCUAUCCUGGACGAGUACGAGGACUCGCUGUACCGCUCGGCCUCGGUGCCGCCCAGCCGCGCCGCCGUGGGCAUCCCGCACUCCGGUUAUGUGAAUGCACGACUGGAAAAGGAAACACCAAUAUUUAAUAAGCAAAGGAUUGAUUUCACUCCUCCAGAGAAAAUUAACAGCCUUGUGGUCUCCUCUAACCAGCUCUGUAUGAGCCUUGGCAAAGACACUCUUCUCAGGAUUGAUCUUGGGAAACCAGAUGAGCCUAAUCAGGUAGAGUUGGGACGCAAAGAUGAAGCUAAAGUCUACAAGAUGUUUUUGGACCAUACAGGCUCUCAUCUCCUGAUUGCUUUGAACACCAGUGAAUGCCUUUACCUAAACAGAAGUGUUCAGAAAGUGCGAGCACUGUCUCGCUGGAAAGGCCACUUGAUUGAAAGUGUGGGCUGGAACAAAUUUCUAGGCACAGAGACCAAUACCGGGCCUAUUCUGGUGGGGACAGCCCAGGGGCAGAUCUAUGAGGCUGAGAUCUCUGUCAGCGAGGGGAGCCUCUUCAGCACCAACCCUGACCAGUACUUUCGCCUGGUUUACGUUCUGGAGGAGGAAUCGGGACCUGUCCCAGUCUGCUGCUUGGAGAUUGAACGAGGCAUAGAAGGGAAAUUUUUUAUUAUAGCUACCACUCAAAAAAGACUCUUUCAGUUUGUUGGCAAGGUCCCUGAAGGGACAGAGCAUCAAGGCUUCAGCUCCAUAUUUGCUGUGCACGCUGACUAUUUGCCCAGUUUCCGGGAGUUUCCGGCCACUUUUGGCUUCAGUGAAAUAGCCUUCUACACCCCAAAGCUGCGCUCCAACCCCCGCUCCUUUGCCUGGAUGAUGGGAAAUGGUGUCUUGUACGGCACGUUGGACUAUAGCCGGCCCGAUUCAAUUCUGAGUGAGGAACGGGUCUGGGUUUACCCUUCUGAUAUAGACAUAACUGUGAACAAGCCAAUCUCCAUUGUACUUACCCAGUUCCACUUCCUGUUGCUGCUUCCCGAUGGGGUGAAGGCUGUAUGUACUCUGAAUGGGCAAAUUGUUUUUCAAGAUCUGUUCUUGGAGAAGUUCGGCACGCUAACACGCAUGAUCAAAGAUCCCACUGUCCAGCAGAUAUGGAUCCACACAGAGAAAGUAGUGUUCCGCUACCACGUCCAGCGGGAAUCUAGAGAUGUGUGGAAGAUGUACAUGAACAUGAACAAAUUUGAUUUAGCCAAAGAGUAUUGUAAAGAUCGGCCAGAGUGCCUAGAUAUUGUGCUGGCAAAAGAGGCAGAGCACUGCUUCCAAAACAAGAGGUACCUAGAUAGUGCUAAGUGUUAUGCACUGACACAGAACUACUUUGAGGAAAUUGCCCUUAAGUUCAUUGAAGCCAAACAAGAGGAGGCCUUGAUGGAGUUUCUAAUCAAGAAGCUAAACAACCUGAAGCCUUCUGAGAAGACACAGACCACUCUGCUGACCACGUGGUUAACAGAGCUUUACCUGAACUGGCUAGGUAUCUUGGAAGGAGAUUCCUCAAAGCGGAAUCUCUACUUGGAUACACGGGAGAAGUUUCGCACCUUCCUGGGAAGCCCCAAAAACAAAGACUGUCUGUUUAAUAACCGCACAUCUAUUUAUGAGCUGCUGGCAAGUCACGGGGACACGGAGCACAUGGUGUAUUUUGCAGUCAUCAUGCAGGACUAUGAGCGAGUAGUAGCUCACCACUGCCAGCACGAUGAGUAUGAUGAAGCCCUAAGUGUGCUGUCCAGACACAGAGAUGAGAAGUUGUUCUACAAGUUCUCUCCAGUCCUCAUACAGCAUAUUCCUAAGAAGGUAGUUGAUGCUUGGAUUUCUAUGGGCUCAAAACUGGAUGCCAGGAACCUCAUUCCAGCCCUUGUUAACUACAGCCAGAGUGCCAGCACCCAGCAGAUCAAUGAAGCCAUCAGAUAUAUGGAGUUCUGUGUCUAUCAGCUGGAGGAAACUCAGCAAGCCAUUCACAACUAUCUACUGUCUCUCUACGCUUUGUGUCGGCCAGACUCGUUGCUGUCCUAUCUGGAGCAAGCAGGAACCAACCCAAACAGGAUCCACUAUGACCUGAAGUACGCGCUGCGCUUGUGUGCGGAACAUGGACACCACCGUGCAUGUGUCCAUAUUUACAAAGUGAUGGAGUUGUACGAGGAGGCGGUGGAUCUUGCUUUGCAGGUGGAUGUUGAUCUUGCCAAGUCCUGUGCAGAUCUCCCGGAAGAUGAUGAAGAACUUCGGAAGAAACUCUGGUUGAAGAUUGCUCGCCAUGUUGUUCAGGAAGAGAAGGAUGUCAAGAAGGCAAUGGCCUGUCUCUCCAGCUGUGCCCUGCUGAAGAUUGAAGAUGUCCUGCCCUUCUUCCCAGACUUCGUCACUAUUGACCAUUUCAAGGAGGCAAUCUGCAACUCUCUGGAGGACUACAACAAGCACAUAGAGGAGCUGAAAAGGGAGAUGGAGGAAGCCACACAGAGUGCCAAGAGAAUCCGAGAGGACAUCCAGGAAAUGAGAAAUAAGUAUGGCUCUGUGGAACCUCAGGAAAAAUGUGCUGCGUGUGACUUUCCGCUUCUAAACCGCCCUUUUUACCUUUUCCUUUGUGGCCACAUGUUUCACUACGACUGCCUCCUCCAAGCAGUUUUUCCAAACCUUCCUGCCUAUAAGCAGGCAAAACUGGAAGAUCUUCAAAAGAAGCUGGCAGCUGCUGGCCAGCCCUCUAAGGGCCACCAUCGUCCUAAGGAUGCAGAUACUGCUAGCCUGGGGAAGGGGCAGCAGAGCCGGGAACAGAUCAAAGCCGAUAUCGAUGAUAUUGUGGCAGCUGAGUGUGUGUACUGUGGUGAGCUGAUGAUCCGGUCCAUAGACAAACCUUUUAUUGAGCCCCAGAAAUAUGAAGAGGAGAUGCAAAGCUGGCUGUAGCUUUCCAGAUCCGUGACUGUCGUGACACCAUAGCAGCUUUGUUCACUACCUGUGAAGCUUCUAGUGGGAAUGUGACCUCCAGAAGUGUGAACACACAUGGCUUCUGUAGAGUUGAGGAAAGAACAUCG